AUGUACAGCCACAAGGACGGGGGCUGGGUGAAAGAAGAGAAGAUGUCAGCAAGUCUUCACGAUACAAAUGAGGCAGAUUGCUACGGGUUCGUGCUGCCAUCUGCGGAAGAUGCUUUCUUCAGGAGCUGCAAAACGCGCGCAGAAAACCUCCUGAAGCCAAGUCGCCCGCGGCUCGGAGUGAGCAAGGCGCAUGCCACACGGGUGCAAGAUCAACGCCUGAGAGCCGACCAGUGGCAAUGUGCCGCACCUGAGCCAGCGCUGCCCAAUGUUGUUUCGCAGCCUUUCUUUGGCAAAAUGCACAGAGCUGAGGCCACUGAGGUGCAACGACUUAUGUUUUCAGCAUAUUGA